AUGUCAGUCAACGACAAAAACGAGCAAGACGGCGAUCGGUUCGAUGAGGCUUCUUCUGGCCGACUAUCGGACGUUGACAUGGCCAGCGAAUCUUUAUUGCCGCACAUGUUCCGAGGACGUCGUCCGUGGCAAAAGCAACACGGGCUUUGCUGGCCGUUCUUGUGGCUUCUUGCCGGUGCGACUUUGGGUGCGCUAGUUCCGUGGCUCAUCGGGCUUCAUCAGUCUCGAAGAGAUCAAGAUCAUGGAUUCCAUUUCGUGCCGCAGACCGAUCCGAUCGGGUUCUUCCCGCCAAUCUCUCACAAGAUCCAGUAUUUUGAGAAGACAUCGGAAUACAUCUCCAAUCACUCGUCUCCAGAAUCGCUCCAAGAGGUCAAGAAGCUGUGGGAGAAACUCAUACCACCCGGGGAAGGAUUCCUCUACAUCUCAGAUGACGAAGCAACCAAAUAUGACUUCCCUACACUGAUCCACUAUAAGGUGCCGCCUGAGCACGGUGUGCCUGGAAAGCCACUGCGCGGGAAAGCUGUAGGAACUACUGUCGCGCAUUCCUUGCAUUGCCUGUAUCUUAUCAUGGCCGAGUACGACCGCCUCUAUCAAGGCCUUUCGCCCGGCGACGACUUCACGCACGUGGAUCAUUGCAUCGACUGGAUUCGACAGUCUCUCAUGUGCGCCGGCGAUGUGGCCCUCUCUGGGAAUAUGGGUCCAGUGACCGGCCAUUGGUAUCAGUUUCCCCAUGUCUCGGACGGCGUUACUUGGUCUGUCAGUGGCCCCAAGGAGGCUGUGAAAGCUCUCGGGGCUCCUGGAGAGGCCUUGCAGGCCCUCGGCAAGGCCAUGCAGGCGAAGCCUGGAACCACGGCUGAUCAGCCUGCUGUUCAGGUUCGCGAGGAGGCUGAUGAGCCAGCAACUGAGGCUGAUCAUCCCGCUAUUGAGGUUCGCGAGACAGCCGAUGAUCUCUUGAUGUACUACAACGCUUGA